AUGGAUUUCAGCUUCACCAGACAAGCUGCUGCGUUUCUGAUCGUCUGCUCAUGUCUGUGUGUCUCAGCAGAAGUCUCGACCCCAGCAGGUGUGACGCUCCUGCCUCCUGUCCAACCUGAAAAUGGUCCCCAGUCCUACCCAAAUGCCAAGAAAUCCAAUUUACCUGUGUUUACAAUCAACUACUCAAGAAUCCAGAUACCAUUUGAGAUCACUCUGUGGAUGCUGCUGGCUUCCUUUGCAAAAGUUGGUUUCCAUGUUUACCAUAAGAUCACCAUUUGGGUUCCUGAGUCCUGCCUCCUCAUAAGCAUCGGUUUGAUUGUGGGGGGCAUCAUGUACUCAGUCCAUGAGGAGCCCCCCGCUGUGCUGAGCAACAGUGUCUUCUUCCUCUACAUAUUACCCCCUAUGGUCCUCGAAUCUGGCUAUUUCAUGCCCACCAGACCUUUUUUUGAGAACAUCGGCACCGUGUUUUGGUUUGCAGUGGUGGGGACCCUGUGGAACAGCAUCGGCAUCGGGAUCUCUCUUUUCGGCAUAUGUCAGAUUGAGGCUUUUGGCGUUCAGGACAUCAACCUCCAGGAGAACCUUCUGUUUGCCUCCAUCAUCUCUGCCGUGGACCCCGUGGCCGUGCUCACUGUCUUUGAAGACGUGUCUGUCAACGAGCAGCUCUACAUUGUGGUGUUUGGAGAGUGCCUCUUUAAUGACGCCGUCACUGUGGUUUUGUACAACAUGUUCAGCUUUGUGGCAGAGAUGCCAGUCGUGGAGCCUGUGGAUGUGUUCCUGGGCAUGGCCAGGUUCUUAGUGGUCGGACUGGGCGGGAUGGGCUUCGGCAUCCUGUUCGGCUUUGUGGCCUCCUUCACGACAAGGUUCACCUCCAAGGUCCGAGAAAUUGAACCCCUCUUCAUCUUCAUGUACAGCUACCUGGCGUAUCUGGUGGCUGAGCUGUUCGCCAUCUCCUCCAUCAUGGCCAUCGUGUGCUGUGCCCUCACCAUGAAGUACUACGUGGAGGAGAACGUCUCCCAGCGCUCCUGCACGACCAUCCGACACGUGGUGAAGAUGCUCAGCUCCAUCUCAGAAACCGUCAUCUUCUUCUUCCUGGGUGUCGUUACCAUCACCACAGAACACGAGUGGAACUGGGGCUACCUCCUCUUUACGCUGUUGUUUGCUUUUAUAUGGAGAAGUUUAGGUGUUUUGGUGCUGAUUCCGAUCAUUAACCCUUUCCGAACCAUCCCCCUCAACCUAAAAGAUCAGUUUGGUUUGGCCUACGGAGGACUGCGGGGUGCCAUCUCAUUCGCUCUGGCCUUCACACUUCCUGAAAGCAUCGUCCGAAAACACCUCUUCGUCACUGCCACCAUCGCGGUCAUCCUCUUUACUGUCUUUCUACAGGGGAUCAGUAUCCGACCUCUGAUUGAAUUAAUCAACGUCCGCAGAACCAACCGCAAGGAGGACCUCAUCAACGUAGAGAUCCACCGCAGGAUGAUGGAGCACACCAUGACAGGAAUAGAGGACAUCUGUGGACAGUGGAGCCAUUUCUACUGGAAAGACAAGUUCAUGAAGUUCAACAAUCGAUUCCUGCGUAGGAUUCUGAUCCGAGACAGCCGGCCUGAGUCCGGUAUUGUUGCCCUCUACAAAAAGCUGGAACUGCAGAACGCCAUGGAGAUUCUGGACUCUGUGUCUGGAGACAUCAGCUCUGCCCCGGCCAUCGUCUCGCUCCAUGAGGAGAAGAAAGGGUCUGCUAAACCGAUGAAGAAAUUCUUGGCUAAGGACCUGAAUAACAUGCAUAACAUCCUGUCCAAGAACAUGUACAGCAUCAGGCAGCGGACGGUGGCUUACACAAAUAAGCAUGCUCUGCCCAACGAGAGUCAAAACAGGGAAAUCCUGAUCCGACGUCACUCCAGCAUCCGUCGGAGCUUCCGACCUGGAAGCUUUCAGUCAACAAAGGUUCCUAAGUCACAGAAGUAUUUCUCACUGCCUCCUGGUCAGAGUUUGGGGUCAAAGUUUCCUUCAGCAAGACAGAGUUAUGCUGAUGACCAUGAAGCCACGUCAGAAGUGGGCUACCCGCUCCGGCUCCCUCAAUCCAACCAUCCCAGGUGCUCCACCUCCGGAGCCGUGAUGCCUCUGCACAGGCUGAACACUCUAAACGAAUUCCCGUCUGUUGAAGUUCUGAACGAGAAGAGCCCGAGCCACAGUGCAUCCCAGGAUUCAUCUUUACCUGACUGUCAUUUUAGCACCAAUAACAACAGCUCUGCAGACGAUUUAAGAAAUGAGGAAGGAGAGGAGCAGCGGCCUUUGCCUCCUUCUCCAGCCUUGGUGGCUGAACCUAGGAACAACACGCAUGGAAACCCUCUGCUCAGGCGGCCGCAGUGGAACCAGAAGAAGUAAAAACCUCCCUGUGUUGGGUUUCAGACCAUCCACCAGUCAGCUCCCUUCCAGACCAGAUGGAUGAACGAACUCCGGAGGUUCUGUUCAUUCCUUUUAAUGAACUUCAGUUCAAAAUAAGCCAAAAUGGACAGAAUGACCUCACAGAAGUGAGCACACAGAGCACCAGAGUGAACUCUAUUUAUCUUUCUAGAGCAUUUUAUUCUGGGGAUUUUAAAAUCAAUUAAACUGUUUAAAUGAGGUUGUUUUUAUUUUUAAAAGCAAAUUGUUUGUUUUCUUGUAAAUAAUAACUGUUGUAUGAUGCCAUUGUUUUGCACCUGGUACCGAUGUGAUAAUUGGAUGCUGGCAACAGUAACGGACACUU